GAGACGGAGUUGAGGUGUAUGUUUGAUGAAUUUUACUCGGGUUUUUCUCAUUGCACUUCGAGUUUUCCUGAGAUUAAAGUUGGAAAUAAAUCAGAUAGUAAAACUGAUAAUAAUGAUGAAAUUAUUUCAUUAAAUGAAGAAAAAAAGUCUAAAAAUAACUAUAUUUCUUUUUCAGAAGCUGAAGCAAUAGUAAAAUCUGUAGUAGGUAUUAAUAAUAGAAAUAAAUUUCUUAAAAAUGCAGUAUCUGAUUCAGAUGAAUCUGACUUAGAUAAGAAAAGGGAAAUUAAAUCUGCUAAAGAUAAAAUUAGAUGCUCUUGAUUAUUUAUGAAAAAAAAAAGAAA